AUGCCAACAAAUAUAAACUGUAAGAAGAAAUGGCAUCCGAGCAGAUAUGAAACACUAGUAAGGGUAAAAGAAGCCGAAAAAGCUGUAGAAAAAAGCAGGAUUCAAGAGGAUGCAAGGAGGGAGCGUGGAAGGAGAGAGACACUCGAAUCCGAAAUACAUGGAAAGUACACAGAGAGGAUGCAGUGGAUGCUCUAG